UCACCAUCCUGCAAUCCACCAUAAAUAAACCCUAAAUUAACAUAGCGAUCAAUAAAUUUAUAGAAAAUUACCUUAUCACAACUUUUGACGACCAAAUUUUACGUAUAUUUGAAAAAAAUUCAGAUCUGUGGAUGAAAACGUUUCUCUACUUUUACCAUCAUAACAUGUUUCUCUAAAUUCAUAGAGAUAUAGUAUAAAUUUUCAUCAAAAUGGAUAUAAUUGUUCUUAAAAUUACGACUUAAUUUUUUCCUCUACUUUUACCAUCAUAACAUGUUUCUCUAAAUUUUUCAAUCUUGAAAUAAUAUUAUUUUUGAAUGUCCUUUGGUUUCUUUGAGAGAUCGUUCGAUAUUAAUGUUAAUAUAUUUGUGUCCCCUUAAUGUUUAUCAUAUAUUUGUGUUUCUUUCAGUGAUUGCAGUUGUUGGUUUUGAUGCUAAGAACAUUUGUCUGAGUUUUCAAUCAUCAAUAGAAGAAGAAGAAACCCUCAGCUUAUUUAGAAAAAGACAAUAAUCUGGAUUAAUGGAGAGUGAGUUAUUGCUAUUGUUUGAGACCGCCAAGAAGGCCGCUGAUGCAGUAGCAGCAUUAGAUGACGCUUCAGACGAGGGGGAAAAUUGUUGCCUUGAUGCCUUGAAGAAGCUUAAAGAUUUCCCUGUCAAUUAUCAGAUACUUGUUUCUACCCAGGUUGGAAAGCACAUGCGAUAUCUUGCAAAACAUCCUAGAAGGAGAAUUCGGAAUUUUGCUGCUGGUUUGAUUAAAACUUGGAAAAACAUUAUAAUUGAAGAAACAGCACAGAAGAAAGUUGAGCCUGUAAAUGUUGAUAGCUCAAAGGAAGCAAUUGUGGACAGUGUUAAAAAGAGCUCCCAGGGGAAACAUUUAAAAGUUGAAUUGGGUUCGCCUAGACCACAGAAGUUAGCCAAGACCGAAAGAGGUCCUGUUGAAAGACAGCUAGAAAAUGGCAAUUGUUCAGCAGACAAUGUCGAGGUGGAGAGGAGAGUUGAUCACCAGAAGCUAGCUGCUCAAGCUCCGCCAAAGUUGACUUCCAUGAUCAAGUGUGGUGAUUCAACUCGUGAUAGGAAUCGAGAGCUUCUUUUAGAAGCGUUAUCCAAAGUUGUUACAGAGGCAGAUGGAAGUAUUAAAGAAAAUGUGGCUGCUUGUGAUCCUGUACGCGUAGCUGUUUCAGUAGAGUCUGUUCUGUUCGAUAUGUGGGGUGGUUCGUUGGGUGCUCAGAAGUUUAAAUACCGAAGCAUUUUAUUUAACAUCAGGGAUACAAAAAACCCAGAUUUUCGUAGGAAAGUGCUUUUAGGAGACAUCAAACCCGAAAGAAUAAUCAACUUGACAGCUGAAGAAAUGGCUAGUGAUCAACGACAAUUAGAGAUCAAGCAGAUUCAAAAGAAGGCUCUUACUGAUUGUGAGCUUGGUGGUCCACCGAAGGCCUCAACUGAUCAGUUCAAAUGUGGUCGAUGUGGUCAGCGCAAGUGCACAUACUACCAGAUGCAAACUCGGAGUCCUGAUGAACCUAUGACGACAUUCGUAACUUGUGUAAACUGCAAUAAGCAUUGGAAGUUCUGUUGAUCUAAUUUCAAUGGAAAAAACAGGCUGUUCUUGGUAGAUUAUUUUUCAUUUUCUAGUCUUAUGGGUUUAGUUUUCAAUUAGAAUUCAAUAUUCUUUUGUUCUUUUUCCUGUAGGUCACUCAUAGUUUCAGAUCAGUUUAGAUUAAAUCUAUCUACACCAGCUUCAGAUUGUUGACCAAUAUUGGCAUAUUUGUUGUAAUGAGAACAAUUAAUAAAGGAAAUAUUUGUGAGA